CGCUGCUGCUGCUGUUGCUGUUGCUGUCGUCGUUGCCGCCGCUGCCGUUGUAGCCGACAUCGACGACGCCGACGCUGCCGCCGCCGCUGCUCUCCGUGUGUAUCCGCUCAUCCCACGAGUCAGUACGUCGCCGGUCGUUGUCGUGGCGAAUCGCCCGAUACGAGACUAGAAGAGUGUACCGCACUGGAGAUCGUCACCGAUGAGUUUGGCCUGCUGUUCGCUGCUGCCUUUCUAACUAAUCGCAAGCGUGUGUGAUGCCCGGGAGCCGCUCCAGCACGGACCCAGAGCACAAGUCACCGCGGGAAAGUGGUGAAGACUCGGAGGAUGAGAGCGAGAUCCUGGAAGAGAGCCCGUGCGGGCGGUGGCUUAAGCGCCGGGAAGAGGUAUAUGUAGGUUCCAAAUCAACGUUAGCUGAGGGUUCUAGCUUCGGAUCCACACGAGGAACUGAAAACGAAGUUACUGAUACAAUGGAAGUGGAACAAAGAGAUGUUCCAGGAAUUGACUGUGCCUAUUUGGCGAUGGAUACAGAAGAAGGUGUUGAAGUGGUAUGGAAUGAAGUGCAAUUUUCGGAAAGGAAAAACUUCAAGGCCCAGGAAGAAAAGAUACAACUUGUUUUUGAGAACCUCACGCAAUUGGAGCACCCUAACAUUGUUAAAUUUCAUAGGUAUUGGACAGAUACCCAUAAUGACAAACCCCGAGUUAUAUUUAUAACGGAAUAUAUGUCAUCCGGGUCCCUGAAACAGUUCCUAAAACGAACGAAACGUAAUGUAAAAAGGUUACCUCUACAAGCAUGGAAACGGUGGUGUACGCAAAUACUUUCUGCACUCAGUUAUUUGCAUUCCUGUUCACCUCCUAUUAUACAUGGGAAUCUUACCUGUGACACUAUAUUUAUCCAGCAUAACGGACUUGUAAAAAUUGGUUCAGUAGCCCCAGACGCAAUUCAUCAUCACAUCAAGACUUGUAGAACAAACAUGAAGAAUAUGCAUUUUGUGGCCCCAGAAUAUGGAAAUUCCGUCACACCUGCCAUUGAUAUUUAUUCGUUCGGGAUGUGUGCUUUGGAAAUGGCUGCGCUGGAAAUUCAGGGAAAUGGUGAUACGGGUACAAUUGUUACCGAAGAAAACAUCCAGAAGACAAUAGAAUCUUUAGAUGAUGUUCAACAAAAAGAUUUUAUUCGUAAAUGUCUUCAGGUGGACCCGCUCAGUAGACCGAGUGCGAGAGAGUUGCUAUUUCAUCCCGUUCUGUUCGAAGUACAUUCUCUCAAGUUACUUGCAGCACACGCCUUGGUCAAUUCAGCUACUAACAUUUCGGAAACAAUCACAGACGAAGUGUUACAAAGGCUAUAUGGACCAGAUACCGUAGUCGCCGAAAUAAAAUAUCAAGGAAUACCUCCGCAACAAAUUCGUUUAAGUGAUAUUCCUGUUACGGAGAAAUUAGAAAAAUUUGUUGAAGAUGUAAAGUACGGAAUAUAUCCAUUGACUGCAUUUAUGGCGAAAUUACCUCCGCCUGUCCGACCGAGGGCGAUAUCGCCCGAAGUGACAGAAUCGGUUAAAUCGGUUACACCCGAGCCCGUGGACGUGGAGUCUCGAAGAGUAGUUAAUAUGAUGUGUAAUGUUAAGCCUAGAGAAGAUAGUAGUGAAUUACUUAUGACAAUAUUGUUGCGAAUGGAUGACAAAAUGAAUAGACAAUUGACGUGUCCUGUGAGCCAAAUGGACACCUCAAUGCUUCUCGCACAGGAACUUGUACAUUUUGGAUUUAUUAAUGAGAACGACCGUGAUAAAAUAGCCAAUUUAAUUGAAGAGGCAUUGAGGAGAUAUUUCAACAAGCAAAUAGUGACGCCAGGAAUGGUAUCAUUAACUAAUCUUCCUACUCAAACUACUUUAUUGCUGCCUGAUUCGGAAUUUUCAUGUCUGCAACACUUUGACAAUUCCGUGUGUAACGCCACAACAUCCAAUAGUGAUAAUGCAACUAACCUGCUGCCAAAAACCUCAGGUAUACCUGUGUCAAGUAACAAAACGAGUAAACUUCACGAUGAUGCAGAACCGCCGACAAUCAGCGAGAGCGGUAGUUAACCAUCCAGGACGUCUGAUAACUCAGUUCACUGUGCCACUUUGCACGCUUUAUGUAUAGACUGGCUAUGUAUUUUUAUAUUUAAGUAAACAGAAUGAAGAGGAAUGGAAGUAAAAAUGGGAGGGUGCCGUGGCUACACCUCUAAGCUAAAUACGACUGCAAAUUAGGAACUGCUUAGUAUAUUUACUUUCGUAUUUAGGCUCUUAAAGUAAUACUUCCGUUGUCAAAUUUCGUUGGCCCUCUAUAUUCUAGAGUUUUUACGUUAUACAGGUUCUACCUGUUAUAUCGUUAUAUAGGUAUGUGACAAAGAAUGUAUAAAUCUAAUGUAAAAAGACCAAAUACUUGUGAUUGUAUAAUUAAGAGGAUAGUUAGAGGUCUGCUGGAUAUUGAUUCAUAUUUAUACGAAGCUACGUACGAUUUGAUACUUACCUGUCGUAAUCUACCUAUCGGAUACAGUUACGAAAGUUCGUUAUGUAUCAUGUUUCUCAUAACAUCUCUUAGAAUUACAAAAUGUGAAAAUUAAUACGCCGAAAUUGUAUAUCAUGCUUUUCAUCAUGACAACAUAUUCCAUAAAAUUUAUUUUGUGCGUGCAAAUC